GGUGGCUUACCAGGAAGUUGUGGGUUUAAAAUUAAUCAGCUGAGCGGCUGCUUUCUCGCUUUGGGUCACGGACACGUCGCUAGUUGUGUACAGUGAACCGCUGGGUUCUUCCACGGCUGUUCAGUUUUGGGAGCGGGGAGGAUAUCCGAUAAAGGAGAAACGGACGUGCAGAGGGCCGUUCCCGGUGAUGCUGUGAAACGUUGCAUGAAAUGAACUUUGCGGAGCAGGUGGGACUUGAUUAUGCUUGCCUUAAAUGACUGAAAUGGACCCCGAAGAGUUGGAACUGCUAAAUGACUACCGGUACAGGAACUAUGCUUCUGUGAUUGAAAAGGCACUGAGGAAUUUUGAAUCAUCCAGUGAAUGGGCUGACUUAAUCUCUUCUCUAGGCAAGCUAAAUAAGGCCUUACAGAGUAACUUGAAAUAUUCUCUGCUACCCAAGAGGCUUAUCAUUGGAAAGAGAUUAGCUCAAUGCUUGCACCCUGCUCUACCCAGUGGAGUUCACCUCAAAGCACUUGAAACAUAUGAGGUCAUAUUUAAAAUCAUUGGGACGAAAUGGCUAGCCAAGGACUUGUUCAUUUACAGUGCUGGUCUUUUCCCACUGCUUGGCCAUGCAGCAAUGUCUGUGAAACCAGCCCUGUUAGCCCUUUAUGAGAAAUACUAUCUUCCACUUCAAGCAUGUCUCCUCCCAAGCCUUCAGGCAUUCAUCACUGGGUUGUUACCUGGGUUAGAAGAAGGUUCAGAGGUCAAUGAAAGGUCCCAUGUUUUGCUUCAGAAGCUGUCCCUAGUGGUGGGACAGAAUGUUUUUUAUACAGCUUUGUGGGGCAGUGUCUUGAUCAACCCACAGAUUCGUCUACCUGCAUCACUCUUUGUCGUCAGCCAUAUUGAAAAAGCGGUACCAGGAAAGAAGCAGAAUUACCUUCUAGGAACAGGUUACAAACUAACAAUAAAAGCUCUGUGCUCAGCUGUUCAGGAUUCCAACGUCCUUGUGCAAAGAAACAUACUGGAAAUUAUUUUGUUCUUUUUUCCCUUUUACACUUGCAUGAAUUAUGAAGAAGGGUGUAUUCCAUUGAGCAGAGAUGAGAUGGUUGACAUUGUUUCGGCAGCUACCCUGACUGUACUUAGAAGAGAUAUGUCACUGAACAGACGUCUUUAUGCAUGGUUUUUGGGAACAGAUAUUAAGGGUGGUAUUGUUGCCCCAGAUCCGUCAGUAUCAGCUACUAUUGAAGAUCAUGCUGCAUUUUACUUCGACACAUACUCAAGAAAGUUUUUGAUACAGGCAUUAAUCAAUAUAAUGAAACAGCAAGUUGUAGAAACUGAAUCUAACACUGGACCCCAUACCUACCUGAAACCUUUUCGAAUCAUGAUCAGCCUGUUAGACAAGCCAGAAAUAGGUCCUCAAAUAACUGGAGAUCUGCUUUUGGAAUUUAUAAGAGCAUUUUAUGCAUAUUGUAAAGAUAUACUGGGAGAUGAUUUUCUUCUGGCAUCCAGUCAUAGUGGAAGUUAUAUUUCAAGCAAGAUUAAAGAAAAUAAAACUGCUUCAGAGAUCAUCAAGACUGUUAACUUACUGAUUGCAUCAUUAAGUACAGAGUACCUUUGGGACUACAUGUCAAGAUGCUUUGAAUCCAGUGUCAGAAUGAGUAGUUCCAGAGAUUCUGGUGCAUCAGAGUUUACAGUCCUAAACCCUUCUGUAUCAGAACUGUCAACUCUUAUAAUAUUUCUCUUGGAUGUCAUUCCUUUGGAGUUAUAUUCAGAAAUUCAGACUCAGUAUCUCCCACAAAUGCUGAAUAAUAUGUUGCAUUGUAUCCUUGAACACAUUGAUGAACUCAGCCUGCCAGAACUAACCAAUGGAUUAAAAGCUUGCUUCAAAGUGCUAAACAAGAUUCAAAUGCCUGUUGCAUACAUGGACUUAGAAUUAGAUUCGGAGAGACAUAUUGAGCAGGAGCUUGCAGUUGUAAAAGAGAGCCUCAGUGCAGUAGUGCAGAAGGUGGAGGAAGAAGCAAUCAAGGAGAAUGAAAAUGAGAUUGGUGAUGUAGAACUUAUUCCAGACUCUCCAUAUCUUCCACUGCGUUCAGAGGAUAGUGGCAUUGGUUUAAGUGCAUCUCCCUCACAGCAUUUCCAGCUUGAUAGUAAUAAUAGCGUGACAGGAGGAGGAAUCUGCCCAGAGAGUGAUAAUGUGUGGAGGAAGGGAGGCAGUGUUGAGAGUAUGACCCAAUGUACUCAGAAGAUUCUUGCUGCCUUCAUUAAUAGGUAUUUGCUCUAUCCUGUGGAUGAAGACAAAAAACAGAUUGAUAUUGGCGGCCGGAACAAGAAGACAGCUGUUGCCAAGAAAGGCUGGGACACUGGGCAGAUUGCCAUGCAAAAGCUGACAGAUUUUUUUACAAUUGGCAAGCCAAUGCAGUUUAUUCUAACUGAUGAGAAAAAGGGGACCAGUGCAGACAGGGAGUGGAGUAGCCAAAACGAGUUAUGCGACAGAAGAGAUGUCUCUGAAGAAAGUCGCCAGGCAUUCAGUGCAGCAUGCCAACUUAUGUUGGAGUGCAGCACUUUCCCAGUUUACCUUUCUGAGGAGGAAACCGAUUCUUUGUACACUAGUGUGUUCCAAGAAACUGGUAAUGGUGAAGCAGGACUUACUGUCUGGCUCAAAUCUUUGAUGGCACUCUGUUGCUACGUUAUGGAUUAUCACAUUCAAAAUGUAGCCAUUUCUACCCUCCUGGAGCUGGUCAACCACUCCCAGUCAUUGGCACUGGUUAUAGAAGAUAAGAAGAAUCGAUAUAAAGACUCUGAAAAUAAUCCUUUCUAUGGAAGGCUGCAAAUGGUUACCAUUCCGCCCAUUGGUUCUGGAGAUCUUAAGGUUAUUGCAGGGAAAACUGACUUUUACCAGAGAGUUGCUCAUGUGCUGUGGAAUGAGCUUAACGUAGAAAACCAGGAACAUCACAUUACUUCUGUGGAGCUCUUCUACAAAUUACACUGCCUAGCUCCCAUGGCCAGCAUCUGUGAAGAUAUAAUUUGUCUUGCCCUGCUUCACAGAGAUAAGGCUUACAGAAUAGAAGCAUUGUUUAGGUUCUCAGUAUUGUGGCAUUUAACAAGGGAAAUUCAAGGCAACAGAACCACUUCACGCAAUCGGUCUUUUGAUCGGUCCUUGUUCGUAGUUCUUGAGAGCCUCAAUUGUCAAGAUGGUGCCAUUAGUGCCACAGCACAGGGCUGGCUAGUUCGUGCCUUUUCUCUUAACGAUGUGGUACGAAUCCUAGAGCCAGUGGUGCUUCUGCUGCUUCAUCCUGGAACUCAGCGCUCUUCCAUUCAGUGUGUAAAACAAAAUUUAACAGUAGGAAAUUUAAAGAUCCUGAACAGCAAACAUGAAACUUUCUGUAAAAAACUGGAGAGUCCAUGUGAUGAUGAUUCAAGCUUGACAGAUGACAGUAUUUUAAUCAGGAUGACAACAGUGGACAGGGAAGCUCUCUGGACAGAAGUGGAAAGUAUUCCAGAAACCAUAAAAAUUGGCACACCACUUCAGCAAAGAAAAUGUACAGCAAGAUCACAAAUGGAAAAGAAUGAAGAAAAUGAAGAGGAAAGUGAGCAUACAGAAUCGGCAGACACCAGUAUGGGCCACCCAUCUUCAGACAACACAAGUUCCACUUCUGCUCCUUACUUACAGCAUCCACUUUCAGAGAGCAGUGUUGAUGAAGAAGAUGGAAGUAGCAAAGUAUUCUUAAAAAGAGCUGUGAAUGAAGUCAGCCCUGUUUAUAGGGCAGAUUCUGAGAAAACACAGGCUUCAGAGUCAUUUUCAAGUGAUGAGGAAGACACAGAGCUGGAAGCUAUGGCCCGUGCAAAGCUUUUGAAGCAACAAAAGGAGAAGAGAGAGAUGAUCAAUUCUAUGUUCAAGCAUGUGCUGUUGUAUUUUGAACCAUAUGACUCUAAAAAAGUUCUUUAUGCUUUUUCAGUUUUAGAAUCCGUUCUCAAGACAAACCCAAAGGAGUUUGUAGAGGCCAUCUCUACUACAGCUCUGGACACGAGUUCUACAGCUCACUUGAACCUAAUUUAUAACUUACUUGCAAGGCACCAGGAAGCACUGCUUGGCCGUAAUUUUUAUGGGCAGUUGGAGGCUCAGUCACCAGUCUCAUAUCCCUAUUCACUACUUAUUGAGCUUUUUACCUACCUAUGCUUAAGUUUUCUACGGUCAUACUAUCCAUGUUAUUUGGUAAUUGGACACAAAGACCUCUUGGGCAACAGAGAUGUUCAGGUGAAAAGUGUAGGGGUGCUAAUACGACUUAUGCGUCAGCUGGUAUCUGUUGCCAAAUCUCAGGAUGUGAAAAGUCAGGACUUGAUUCGAAAGUUGCUAUCUCAUUGUGAAGUGCAGGAGUAUGUGCUCCUUUCUCUUUCAGCUUCUAUGUACAUUAACCAGAAGGGUGUUACACAUGAAAGAAAUAAUGACCUCUUAGAAGAUGGCUUAUCGGAAGAAAGUCUCAUCAACUUUGGCCAGGAUCAGAUCUGGAGUGAACAUCCUCUUCAGAUUGAGCUGCUGAAGCUACUGCAGGUCCUGAUUGUUUUGGAGUACCACUUAGGAGGAUCAUGUGCUGAGGAACAAGAUGGAUCCUCCCCUUUGAGCAGAGAGUGGCAAAGUAUUCUUCAAUUCCAGCAAUCCAUCAAUGCCCUACAGUAUGUGAAAUCACAUCCAAUAACUUCACAAGGGAUUUUUGUCUCAGCAGUAAUGAGGGCUCUUCAGCCUCAGUAUGGCUAUGGAAUGCACCCGCCAUGGGUCAGCUUGGUUACCUCUUCACUACCAUAUUUAGGGAAAUCCCUUGGAAUGACUGUGGCUCCUUUCAUCUCUCAAAUCUGCAAGAAUUUGGAUGACUUAGUAAAACAAUAUCAAAAUGAAUAUUUGAAUUUAUCAAGCUCAUCUGGAAGGAAAGAAAAUAUUGCACCAGAUUAUCCUUUGACACUGCUAGAAGGUCUUACUACAAUUACUCAUUUUUGUCUUUUAGAGAAUGCAAGUUUACAGAGAAAGCCUUCUUCAAAGAUUGACCCUGCCAGCCUUCGUAAUGCCAGGAACUCCAUCAUGGAGGAACUGCCCAAGAUCAUGAAUUCUAUGUCACUGCUCUGGGGUGUCAUUAGGAAAGAGGAAUCUCAAAAGAAGCUCACAGAUAUUUCUCUAGGCAUGAACAAAGGAUCCUCGUCUUCAGUAUACUUUAAAACAACCAAAAUACUCCGGCAGAAGAUACUUGAUUUUUUGAAUCCUCUCGCAGUACAGCACGGCUUAGCCCUUAUGGCAUCAGUUGCAAAUGUAUGGAACAACAGAGGAAGUCGGAAGAAUCGAAAUAAAAGCAAGAUUCUGCUCUCACCUAGCGAGUCACAACUGACAAUUGUAGAGCUCAUGAAAUCGCUCAGCUCACUGAGGACGGACAGUAUUCUACAGUUAAUUAGAGAAGUUGUUAAAAAACCAGCCCAAAUGAAAUUAGAACAGAAGUCUUCCUCACUUGUGGACAUCCCAGUGUUGCAGUUUGGAUACGCUUUUGUGCAGAGUAUUUCUGCCACAGCUUUACAAGAUAAUUUUUCUUCCGUCAUCAGCCUUCUAAAAGAAUCAAUGCAGUUAAAUCUUGCACCUCCUGGGUAUUUUCUGCUUUUUGGAAUUCUGAAUGAUGUUGUAACAAGGCUUUCCAAUCUUGACAGUAAAAAAGAUCAAAAGGAUUUACAGGACGUGACCCAAAAGGUUCUGGAGCUAUUAGGCAAUGUUGUAGGGUCUUCCUUAGAGCAAACAAGUUGGCUUAGUCGAAACCUGGAAGUGAAGGCUCAACCUCAAGUUACUAUGGAUGAAGAACAUGACCCUGAUGCAGAUUUGUAUGAUUCAGCUGUGCAGGUUCCAGCAGUGGUAUCGUCUUCAGUACCAUCUAUCUACAGCAUUCAAGCCUUGACUUUACUAGCCGAGAUUUUGUCUCCCCUUCUUGAUAUGGUGUACCGUAGUGAUGAAAAAGAAAAAGCAGUACCUCUCAUCUCUCGACUUUUGUAUUAUGUUUUUCCCUACCUUAAAAACCAUUGUGCUCACAAUAUUCUGAGCUUUCGAGCCAGUGCCCAGCUCCUUAGCAGCCUUAGUGGAUAUGCCUACACAAAGAGAGCCUGGAAGAAGGAGGUCUUUGAACUCUUCGUGGAUCCUCAAUUCUUCCAAAUGGAUGCUUCCUGUGUCACACAUUGGAGAUCCAUCAUUGACCACCUCUUGACCCAUGAAAAAACAAUGUUCAAAGAUAUUAUGAGUAUGAACAGCAGUUCACUAAAAAUGGUUGCCAAUAAUGAGCAGAAGGCAAUGUUACUCAAGCGCCAAGCUUUUGCAAUUUAUAGUGGAGAAUUGGACCAGUACCAUCUAUUCCUGCCACUUAUCCAAGAGCGAUUGACAGAAAGCCUCCGAGGGAGUCAGACAUCUUUAGUGUCGGCCCAGAUGUUUCUUGCUUUCCGGGUUUUGGUACUGCGUAUUUCUCCUCAGCACCUGACAUCUCUUUGGCCUAUCAUGGUUACAGAACUGAUCCAAGUUUUUAUACAAUUAGAGGAGCGCCUAGAUGAAGAGGAGAGUUUAAGGAAUUACAGGAAUGCAAAUAAUCAGAAGAACCGCGUUGUAAAUGGCCAUUUGUUGUCAUUUGUUCAGACCGAAUUAUACUUGUAUCUGUCAGCUUGUAAAUUUCUGGACACAGCCCUCUCCUUCCCUCCAGACAGAAUGCCUUUGUUCCAGAUGUACCGCUGGGCGUUUGUGCCAGAAGUUGAUACUGAAAUGCAUAAGAAUGUCACCAAUGAUGCUGUGGUGGUCUAUCAGGAAUGCAAACCUCAUAUCACCAGAAUUUUGGAGCGUCUCAAUAGAAUAUAUGGGGAACAGAAUGGAAUUGGCGAGAUGAAUUGUUCAACCCUUUGGGAAUUUCCACUUUUGAGUUUUCAGCACAUUUCCGACAUCACCCAGCUGAUUCCAUUCCUCAGGAUUCUCAACUGCACCUUCAUGACGGGCCAUGAACAGUGCCAAAAGGGUGACUCCCAGCCCGUGUGUGCUGUCAGUUACCCAGCAUCCAAUAGUGAGGCAGUCCUGAAAAAACUGGAAGACAGUGUUGAGCAGGAAUUUCUAGAAAGCAUGGAUGCUUAAGCUUUCAUAAAAAUUAACUUCGGCGUAUUCUGUUCUAGCCAUCUCUGCAAGCAGCCACUAUGCCUUUUUGAUUAUUUUUCCUAAUCCUCUGGAAUGAUGUGAAUUAAAUGUGGUAAUAUUUAAUAUUAAGCUCACAAUUCUUUUGCACAGCCUGGUCACCCGAUUUCAUCUUAUCCAAAAAAUAAAGAUAGCUAAUUUUUAGUACUUAAUUGUAAUUUUAUUUUCAAUAUAAUUAUACAACUUUUUUGCUUGAACAAUUCCAUUUUGUUUUUAGAAGCCUCUAAUAUCAUCUCCAAGCCUUAGGGUAUUACUGUGGACUACACUUGAGCCAAAUAGGUCUCCAGUGUACCCAGCAUCUCAUUGCAUCUACUGCUUACUAUGCUGAAAAUAAAAGUGACGGGAUCAGACUAGGAUCCAGCAAGCAAUGAAUGUAUUAAAAGAAAAUGCUUUUAAGGGUAAACACAGCCAGCCUCUUCUCAACAAUAACCUUGCAUGAUCACGAAAUUGCAAUCCACCAUAAAAACACUCCUCUUUGAAACAUCUUUUUGAAACCCAUGCAAAUAUGUAUUUGUACACCAUCUUUGCAGCUUUUGGUGAAAUUUACAGAGGAUGCAUUAGAGAUGCCACUGUUUGAGUACCGUCAUUUACCUUUACAGCAUUGGGACAGGUGACGGCUCCCCACAGCAGCUUCUGAAAAUAGUCAAUGGGUACGAAAUGUUCAGUAUUGUACAAAAACUGUGGCUUACAUCUUGCAUAUAUGUGAAGCAUCUUCUUUGGUAUUCAGGGCUACACUUUCUUAAUCAAAUAUGUACAAGGUAGACUGAAUUAGCUGAUAUUUUCAGUACUACCAGAAAGAAACUCCUCAUAAUGCAAUACCUGAAAGAUGCCCUAAGUGACCGAGCUGGUCAGAACUGCUCACAGUAACUCGCUCAGCCAGUAAGCCGGUGACCUUUUGCUGGCUGAUUUCCUGCUCACUUGGAUGUUUCUAAUGGUUGAAGUGUAUAAAAUUAAUUUCUUCUCCCUCAAUUUCAUAUUAUUAUAAAUUAAAUACUUUUAAAUUUGUGUCGUUAGGAAGAGACCCCUUCACUUAUAAUUGUUUACUAUAACUAUAAGUAAAUACGUCUUUGGCCAUUUCACUCAAAACCUGCUGGUGGCUACAACAUCCGUUGUGAAUGAACUGAAAGAUUUCUGGUUCAUUUUAUGAAGUUUCAACUUAAAAUCACCACCAAAGUCAUUUUCACUUCAUUGGUAAUUUAAGACAUUUUUUUCUGCUUUCAGCAUAGAGGGACUGUGCGCUGGCUGUCGAGCUGUACAGGUUAAGGUGCCAUUACUUUUUUUUUAAGGAAGAAAAUCAUCUGUAAUUCUUUUCUUUAUAGAAUUCUGUUACUUAAUUCCAAAUGAUUGUAAAGAAUACAUUUAGGGUUUAAAAAGGUUUGCUCAUGACAUAAUAUAUGCCUCCUGUAAAUAUAUUUUGUGCUUGUGACAAUAAAAAAAAUAAAAUUCUCCAAUUCCUU